GAAGGUUCCACAUUGGUCACCGUCUCGAAAGUUCAAUGAAGGCAGACGGCUCCCUCCAGCCAGGAACAUGAAGGGCUUAUCGGGCAGCCGUUCCCAGCACCAGAUCCCUUUACCCUAUGGCUUGGACUAUGACCCCCACGUCCAUGACCUCCACCCUCACCAUGGCUCUGACUCCCGCCACUCGUCCUACCUGCUCAGCCCCACAGAGAGCUGCCCCAUGGACUUCCACCACCGCUACUCGCCGCGCAGCUCCAUCCACUCGGACUGCAUGAUGAUGUCCGGCGUCAUGAUGCCUCCUGCUGCAGCAUCUGACCACAUCUCCAGCAGCACCUUCCCCAGAAUGCACUACAGCUCUCAGUAUUACGACUCAGCCACACGGGACGACUGCGCUGCCAUCACAGCCUCAGCCACAUCUCCAGCCGUCGCUGCUGCUGCAGCCGCCGCCGCCGCCUCGUCCCAUCUCUCCGGCACCAAGAGCAACCGCCUUCCUGCUAACCUAGUCGACCAGUUUGAGAAACAACUGCCGCUACACCGCGAUGGCUUCCACACCUUACAGUACCAGCGCACCCACACCACCACAGAACGCAGCGAGAGUCCCGGCCGCAUCAGACACCUUGUUCAUUCUGUCCAGAAGCUAUUCACCAAGUCCCACUCCCUGGAGGGAUCGUCUAAGAUGAAUGGCACAAAGGGUGAUGUCAUGGGAGGUGGAGGAGGAAGUUAUCACCAUCAUGGCCACCACUCCACCAAACACGGUAGCAAGAGGAGCAAGAGCAAAGAACGAAAGAACCGUUCUGGCGGCUGGUGGAGCUCGGAUGACAACCUCGAUAGUGACAGCACUUACCGCACACCCAGUGUCAUGUCCCGGCACCACGGCGAACCCGUCAGCCACUACUACCCAGAAUCCACGCACAGCCACCAUUUUGGAGACCUGUCACUCAAGACCUCUAAGAGUAACAAUGAUGUCAAGUGCAUGGCCUGCGAGGGCAUGGCCAUGGCGCCCGAGGGCAAAUUCAUGAAGAGGAGUUCCUGGUCGACACUGACAGUCAGCCAGGCCAAGGAGGCGUACAGGAAGUCAUCGCUAAAUCUCGAUAAGCACUCGGAUCUCAAGUCAUCGCGGACGUGUCACUACCUGCAGGUGCCCCAGGAUGAAUGGGCUGGAUACCCAGGGGAUGAUGAGAUCCCGUGUCGGCGGAUGCGCAGCAGUAGUUAUGUCAAAGCUAUGGGAGAGGUGGAAGAUGAAAGUGGGGAUUCUGACACCAGCCCUAAGACCUCCCCACAGAAAGCCAUUCGGCCAGAUGCUCUCGUCCUCAAAUCAGCCAUGCAGAGACCCCAUCUAGACUCCCAAAGCCAGGGCUACCACUUGCAAACAAGAGAAAUGCGACCCCACCCUAGUGUCACGCUGGACCCUGCCUCCUUUCACCCCCCACCCUACCGCUCUCGCAACCAGAGCUACAUGCGCGCCGUCAGCACCCUCAGUCAGGCUAGCUGCGUCAGCCAGGUGAGUGAGACUGAGAUCAAUGGCCAGUUUGAGUCAGUUUGCGAGUCCGUUUUUAGUGAAGUAGAAUCCCAGGCCAUGGAAGCCUUGGACCUGCCUGGUUCGUUCCGCACUCGAAGCCACAGUUACCUCCGUGCAAUUCAGGCUGGUUAUUCCCAAGAUGACGACUGCUUGCCUUCAAUGACAUCCUCCACUGUCACUUCAACUCUCAGAUCCACAACAGGCAUCCGUAGCUUAGCUGGGGGGCGUAGAGAGUACGGUAGGUCUGGGAUUCAGUUUCGUCUACCUUCUUCCUGUAGUGUGGACCGCGCUCAGCCACCUCCAGCGGUAUCAUAUCCUCCCAGUUACAAGAAGACUCCACCUCCUGUGCCCCCGCGCACCACCACCACCAAGCCUCUUAUCUCUGUGACAGCCCAGAGCAGUACAGAGUCCACCCAAGAUGCCUAUCAGGAGGGCAGGCAUCCACAGGGCGGUCUGUGGACCACGGACAGCCUCGGACGUCCCAUCUACAGCUCCAUGGGCUCCAUGGACAGCCUGGACAGCACCAAGGCAGUCACCAUGGCCAUGGAGUCAGCAGCAGGCAAGAGGCAUGCAUCUUUGGGCAGCCACACUUCCGUCCAGACAUGCGAUAAAGCAGUGCUGGUGUCCAAGGCUGAGGAGUACCUCAAAACCCCACGCUCAUCUAUCGGGAUACAGGUGGAAACUGCGACGGACUCUGAGACUGAAAGUAAAGGCCUUCCUCAGUUCCAUUCGAUAGGGAUCCAGGUGGAGGAUCACAAACGGCAAGGGAGGUUCAAGCGCUCCAACAGUGUGACCACUGCAGUACAAGCUGACAUGGAGUUGGAGGGCUUUCCCUCCAUGGAGGACAAGGGCCUGCAGUUCGGUGGAGGCUUCGGUCGCCACUCUGAGCCCAGCACGCCCACGCAGUACGGGGCUAUCCGCACGGUGCGCACACAGGGCCUGUUCAGCUACAGGGAGGACUACCGGCCCUCCAGCGGGCACUCCAGCCCGCAGCCUGAACCCUGGCUGGUCCAACCCAGUCUGGAGAGCACCGAGACGGGCCGGGUGUCCCCCCUCCGCAGGGACGGCAGCUGGUUCAUGCAGCUCCUUCACAAUGAAACCAAGCGGCUGGAGGGAUGGUGCAAAGAGAUGGAGAGGGAAGCAGAGGAGCACGACCUGACGGAGGAGAUCCUAGGAAAAAUCCGGAGUGCGGUGGGAAGUGCUCAGCUACUAAUGUCUCAAAAGUUUCAGCAGUUUUACUGGCUAUGUCAGCAGAAUCUGGACCCCAGUGCCAUGCCCAGACCCACUUCUCAGGACCUGGCUGGGUUCUGGGACCUCCUGCAGCUCUCCAUUGAUGACGUCACUGCCAAGUUUGAUGAGCUGCAGCUGAUCAAGAGCAACGGCUGGCAGCUGGUGGAGAGCCCAGAGAAGCAGGAGCGGAAAUGGCCGCCACCUCUUCUAAAGCGACAACCAUCAAAGGGCCGAGGUGGCAUCUUGCGGGAACGCUCUCUGGACCUUCAGGACCGCCAGCGACAGGAAGCGCGCAGACGCCUCAUGGCCGUCAAACGAGCAGCUUCUUUCAGACAGAACUCAGCCACAGAGAGGGCAGACAGCAUCGAGAUCUACAUCCCAGAGGCCCAGACACGGCUUUGAGGUCCACAGAUUCACCUUUAGCCCCCGUUGUCCACUUCCACCCAAACACCAGCUCGUGGAGUCACAUCCAGCCUGCUGUCACCCUCUGUCACUGCUCGUCCACUCUCUCAUCACCCGUCACCAUUCUCUUGGUUGUCACUACUGAAGCUACACUAGGCAAGAGUUCAGUUGUAAAUGUAUCAUUUUGUGUCAGCUUAAGUCACAAUGUGGCACUGCCGUAGGAAAAGAACGCCCCAUCUCGCUUGAAAAAGUAUUAAUACAACAUUUAAAACAAAUCUCAAUACUAGGAGAACUGGACAAACCACUAUAAAGACAUGUUGCCCCUUGAACCUUUAGUAUUUUUUCAGUAAAAACUGAUCCCAUAUCAGAUUGGUCAACAUGAGCCAAGUUGCCUAGUGUAGCUUUAAACCUACACGGUGCUACACCAUUAGAAUGAGCUACUAUACCCCCAAAAUAUACAUUUCACCUGGUGUUUAUUUUCCACCUCAUAUAUUCAAGUUGUUGGUUAAUUUUGUCAUUGCCAAUAUUGUUAAAACCCCAGUCCUCUCCAUAGUUGCCAUUGCCCCACUGUGAGAAAGGGGUAAGGCUACAUCUUCCACAUUCAAAGUGAGACACAAAGUGCAACUUUUCUAAAGUUUCUCACCAGCAACAGUGGUCUGGAGAGUGAUGUUUCCAGCAGUGAUGAAUCUUAGCAAGGCAAAAAAGCCUUAGAAAAUGUAGAUUAUUGCCAAACUCCUGAAAAGAGAGCAAGUGUAUAAGUGUAUUUAUUAUGAGGUUCAAACUCCACACAGCCUCUGCUUUGGAGUUGGCUAAAACCUGGCAGCUUGUUGGAGACAUUUCUAGCUGGUUUGUGGUUAAAAAGUCAAAAUAGAAAAGUGUUCAAAUAUUCAACAGCCUCUCGGAGGUGCUGCACAACAAUAACAUCCAUCGUUAAGCAGGCAGGCUGCAGCUGCUGACCACUGUUGCUGAAUGAGAUUUCAAAAUAGGGCAAAAAUGAAAUCCUAGACCAUCAUUUUAGAGUUUCCAUUCAUAAAAACAUUCCCUCUUAGGACUUUACACGUUAAAAGCUGCUGGAUGCAUUUCCAUUGCAGAACAAAUAUGAAUUAUUAACAAAAGAAAGUUUAUGCGCAGCUUGGAGAAGGUGACUGUAUCAAACAAUGCAUUUUGCACCUUAUAAUAUUCAUGUUUGUAUUUCCAAGGGAAAUGUAGUUUAUGAAGCUCAUGUGAUAUUGUUGCAGUUGAAUUGCAAGGACAGAUAUGGAAACUUUACUACAGAAUUUCAUACUACUCUAUAGAUCAUAUACACUGCACCUUGUGUUUCUUUUCUUUCCGAUGCCGUUCAGGCCUCUCUUAAUUACAAUAUUGUGAUUCUAACACUUUGAACUAUACUUACAGUAUCUAUCAUAUGAACAACAUCACAAUCUACAGUAUACAUUUACUACUUAUAGUUGGAAACGUUGUGGGUUGAUUUGACAGUGCGUUUGUCUUCAGAAACCACAUCUCAUAUCUCACUGCAUCUAACCUUUGUUCCAAGUGGGGCUUUUCAAAAGACACUUUUCUGAUCUGCUCAUGUAGUUUAGGAAAGACAGGUGCAAAUGACACUUUAAUAAUAUUCAGUUACUAUAGUAAAUGGUGCUGCUUUUUACUCUAAAACGGUUGUCCUUUACCCAGUCCUAUGUGCACGCACACACACACACUCAAGGACUUUUUAAAACAGAGAUUUAUUAAUAUGGUGCCCGUCGUCUCUGAUGACUUUUGGUGGAUUGUGACUUUAGAAAAAGAUCAUCUUUGCAAUGCUCUUGCCCUCAGUGAUGUGAAGGAGGAGAAGGUUUUAUGGGUUCACUUCCUUUCUAAACAUGCAAAGAGGUUGGUGUUAUUUAUUUAAGAGACUACAAGCUUUGACAUUCCACCUUAAAAAAUAAAAUAUGCCCACCCUGAGCCAAGGGCAUUCUGCUAAAGCUGGCUGAACAGACUGCAUUGUACCUGUCCAUAUUUUAUACCACAGCAACAAUGUCCAACAAUUUGCAGCAUGCACAUUCAUCCUCAUUUGCAGAGCUAACCCCAGCUAAUGAAAACAAAUGUCGAUACAGGGCCACUAGAACUAUGCUGCAGUGUUUAAUGUUUCCCAUUUGAUUGUAAUUAGAAUAGCACUGAGUCGUGGAGGGCAGUCUGUCCGCUGUAGAUGCUUGUGUGAGUGUCAGGAUUAUGAUGGGGUUUAUUUUUACUUUGAGUUUCAGUACUUCUUGCUUUGUGACGUGUGCACACCCUAAAACUGAAACCCGAACCUUACCAGACGGCCUUAACCUCAUGAAUGUAGAGCCCAACAAAAAUGCAAAAAAAAUCACUUCCUUUGAGACUGCUGAAAAUCCAAUUCAAUUUGAACGGGAGAGAGUUUACUCCAAAAUCUUAUAAUAAAUACAUUUAAGUUUCUCUAAUUCAUUUCGGCUUCAAGCUUAAACAUGCCGUGUCACCAAUCUUCAGCUCGUCUCCCUGAUUCUCACAGGAAGUACAGAUGUUUUCGCCAUUACGAAGGCAAAGGCGUUCAUACAUAAACAAAAACAGAUUUUUUGUUUUACAGCAUGUCAAUAAAAUAGAAUCUGAUCGAUUCAUACAAGUUCCAAUAAAAAUAAAAUUCAAGAAAUUGAUUAAAAGAAAUGCAAACGAGAAUUCAUGAUAUAGUUACACAUUUAUGUAGACUGUAAAAUGAAUGCUUAUUUUCUGUGGAGUUUAUAUUUAUAUGCACCGUUAAAUAUAUUUAGACUGGAUCUCUUGUUCCAGCUGUAAAUCACCUUCACUAAACCAAAUUCUCACCGAGUGAACUAGUUACUAGCUUACUGUGUAUAUACUGAGCCCCGAUAUAGACUAAAUAACUAUUUAUUGAAUAUAAUUAUAGCUUAAAAAUCAAAUAUAUUAUAUAAUUACAGAUUCUUAUAACAGGUUAUUCUCAAUGGAUUUUACUUAACUUAAAAACAAAUAUAUUUUUCCAUGAAGGGGCUUUGCCUCAAACAAAACUCCAUUAUAUUGUAUUUCAGAGAAGAACAUAGAGGCUGAUUCCAUUUAACAACCCUCUGUAGUCAGGAAGCUAAAUUAUUUAAGUCAUUUCAUUUUAAUAAGCCUUGUUCUAAUCAUAUUCAGUCUGAAGAACAGACAUCUUCUACAAAGUGUAGUGCUAAAUGUUUUUUAUUCAGUCUUUUUAAAAUGUAUAGAAAUAAGGGCAUAACAAUGGUGGUAUCUUCUUUUCCUCAAUUAUUCCCUAGCAGAUCUUUAACAGGAAGUAACACAUUCUGUAUGUUUCUAAUAUAUAUAUAUAAUUGACAGACUUACCUUCUUUUUGCUUGCUUGGUUGACUGUUCACACUUUUAGGGGAACAAUCUUCUCACAGUACCUUGAACAAAAAAAAAAGGUGUAUUACUUUAAAGUGGACACUUAAUGUGAAAACCUGAAAGGAGUGACUAACAUAUUUUUGUAUAGAAGUAAAUCUAAUCCGGCAGCACAUGGUUGAUUUAAGGCAUAUUUGAGUAAACACUAUAUACAGUAGUGCAACAAGUGUAUUCCCUGUGGUGAAUGUCACCAGAAGUAGAGUUAACAGAUUAUUCCCAGUUUAAUUCAUGUUUUGUAGGACAAUAAAAACCUCACGCAAUCUUCCACUUCCCUUGUAGGUCUAUUAAUAUCAUGAAGGAGAAUUUAGUUUAAAAUAUUAAACACCUCGUUUAUUUCACUGGUCCCGCCCCCAUAGGGACAGACAGUAGCUUCUCUGAUAUUUGCUGACGGGCUACUUCAACACUCUGACUGCUCUUCCACCUAACCGAACGUCAAGCAAAUCAAGUCUACUUCCCACAGACUGCAAACUGUGAUCCCAGUUUUUUGUAGUUUCUUAUGUUGCCAGGUAGUUUGAAUUGAUUUCACUUUUAAACCAGUAGGCAUGAGUCAAAUCUGUGAAGUGUUUGUCAUACGGUAUGAUGUUGGUUUAGCACAUACAAAGGGGAACAGUAGAGUGACAAUGAUUGACAGGUUGCAGACUCACUGUUGGUGGCUUGUGUCAAAAAUGAUGUCACUUUGGUUUUUGCACCAAUCAUCUAUCAGUAACAGACACAAAGAUGUCCUCUAACGUCACAGGGACACCAGCUGCUGCGAGGGAUGAACACAACUAGAGUAUGUGUGACGUGAAAAACACAUUUUGCGGUAUCAAGCAGGGUAUUCUAUGAUCAUAGUUGUAUAUUUUGGGAUUACUCGUCGUGAGCAUUGCAUCUCUGAUGAAGCGCUUAAUAUAUUUUGCUUUUUCAGGUCUGUGUCAUAUUUGUACCCACCGUGCUAUGAGGGGCUUAGGAGUUUGGCAAUUAUGUACAUGACAAAUCCUCAGGUGCCUUACAGUUUGAUCCUCAUAGGCCUCUGUGAGGGAGUGUUUUGGGGUUGAGGGAAAACACCUCUCAGAGUGCAGGUUUGUUCGUGACACCAUUACAAAGGGCUGGAAACUGUGCUGGGUCGGGCUGCAGGAAAACUGAUUUACAUUGAUAUUUGACUAAUCCAAACAUCCUACUGUAAUACAUACAGCACAAUACAGUGUAGAGGAAAAUCAAAGGAGGAUUUGCUAACUUUUCAGUCACACAGAUGUUCUGCUUCAUUAAAAACAUGUGAAUUGUAGAAAAUGUUGAUUUUAACAUCUCAGAGUGCACGUCAAAUCUAGCUUAGCAAUUUAACUCCUUGAAAUGUCCUCAUUUUCCACCUAGCUGUGAUAUUGUAAUCUCUCGAUGUUUGGCCUUUUUUUGGCAUCUACAGAAACUAAGGACUGACAAACUUGACCAGCCAAAAAGUGCAAUAGUGUUUUCAUACGAAGACAGGCGGGCUCACCUACAGCUAUUUACCUCACGGUUAUUAAGUGUGUUAGCGAACAUGGUAUAGUAGGAGUAGUUGUAAUCUCCACAGGAACACUUUGUCAUGCCUGUGUACUAUGCAGCGGUACUUCUGUGGGGCAGCAGAGCUCAUGCAGAUCACCUUUUAUUUACAGAGCACUGAAAGCACGCUGUCCAUCAUGCUUUACACUACAGGAGCAAAAACUCUCAUUGCCAUCCAGGGCUCAAUCUUACCAUGGUCACCUAUUUACUUGUAUGCUUAUUCAAAGAGAAUGAAGCAUCUAGUUUAAAGAAAGAGUCAGCUAACUCUCAGUAAUACUCCCGGUAGUUUCACUGCAAGGUCAUUCGUCCUUGUUUACAUCUGUUUAUGCUUUGUAUACAGCACGGUACGCAGCAUCAUAUUUAACAUCUUAAUAGUUGUCCUGAUGAUAAACCUCAGAGAAGUCUGUAUAGGUGCUGAAUCAACUAACUUCUCUCCUUGUGAUUUGCUUUCUUUUUGUUUAUUCUGACAAUCAGCACACACAUCAAAAUACACACACACACACACACACACACACACACACACACACACACACACACACACACACACACACACACACACACACGCACACACAUAUUAUAUCCUCAAGAUAGACCCCUUUUCCUUGUUUGCUUCUUGAUACAGACUCCAUUCAAUUUUCACUGGAAGCUUUUCUCCUUGUUUCUGAUACAGUUGCACUGCAAAGAUGUCUUUUUUAAAUGCUUGCUCUCUCUUCUCAUAAAUCAUGUAACUUGUGAUGAUCUUAGAUCAGCGUUUUGUCUGUUGUCUCAAUCCAAACAGCAGUCAAGAGUAAUUAUGGAACAUUAUUUGAAGUCACGCUUGCGUUAAUACUGGGCUGUAUGAGAGUGUUUCUACUCCUCAAGCAAUAAGCCUAAUUUACAUAUUUAGUUUGGCUUUUCAUCCAAUCUUUAGACUCUUUGUAAAGCUAAACCUGAGGGCUGUUAGGUACUGCUGGUGGUUAUCGCUGCUAAAAGAAACUGUUUGACAUUUUGGGAAAUAUGCUUAUUUGUUGUCUUGGCGAGAAUCAGAGAAGUCGAUCGAUCCCCAUGUUUUUACGUUAAAAAUGAAGUUACAAGCAGCAGCUGAUUAGCAAAGCUUGGCAUAAAGACUGGAAACGGGGCGAUGGCUGCGUCCAGAAGUAACAAAAUAGCACCUCUAAAGCUCACUUAUUUUCUCAUUUGAUCAUGUUUGUUUAUUUCGUACUAAGGAGUAAUAUAUUUAUUCUGUGGUUUUGCAAGGGUUUUCCCACAUAAUGAAAUAAAUGUAAAAAAAACGAACUUCUUGUUGUUACACACAGACUUUUGUAUGGGACUAUCAAACACGAUUUAACAUGUUAAUUAGGGAGUUUAAGGGAUGCUGGUAGGCACAUUUUGUUACCGAACUGUUUCCCCUAUUUUCAGUCUUUUCGGUAAGCUAAGCUAAACUAAGCUAAAAAGAGGCUAAACUAAGCCAAACCAAGCUAAGGUAGGCUAAGCUAAGCUAAGCUAACCAUCCCUGGAUGUAACUUUUCAAGUAAGCAAGUAAGAAAUAUGCACAAGACUAAAAGUAAUAAAUAGUUGAAUAAAAAGUGAUAGAUAUACACAUAUGGUUAUGGAAUAAAGAACAACAAUAUAAAUUAGGUGAGGUUAACAGCUAAAGUCAGUAAAACGUUCGAACAAGAGAUUUAUUUUUAGAGAAACCUACUUCCCAAAAUGUCAAAUUAUUCCUUUGAAAGACGAAUAUUUUCUUAUGACAAUUAACUUAGAAUUUUUUAAUGGCGUUGUAAUAUUUUCUCAUACAUGAUUUCUGUAAGUGAUUAAGGUUGAUUUUACUAUUCAUUUGUAUUUUUCUUUUUUACUUGCAACCUCAGUCCGCAUAUACUGAGUUACCAACAUCUGCUUAUUUUUAGGAACUGUGUUCUACUGUAUGAAUGGGAGGAGAAAUUAGUCGAUAUCUGUGCCGUUCUUUAUGUUUCAAAGGUUUAUGAGGAGAGAGAGAAGUCACAACUUAGUUUGCCUUUGGUGGAGAAAUGUAUUGUGUCGUGGCUGUGGGUAGAAAUAACAAGAAGGCCUAUUAUGGGUUUUGCAAUGUGACAUGAGAACAUUUAAAAAAAAGUUUGUGGUAAGCUUAAACCUAUUUUGAAUUGUUAGAUAUAUCAAUAAUGAGGA